AUGGCCGAUGAGGAUCUGGAGACUGCUGCCGUGUUGCCGAGGGGCUUACAGGGGGAGCAGCCCACGCCGACCACACCAUUGGCCCAGCUGACCGGAAGCGUCAGCAGCUUCUUUCCCUCAACUCCUGGCAUGACGCCCUCGUACCAACAACCAGCCGUGCACCCGCCCCCUGCCGCUGCUGCUAGCAGUGCUCUCCAAGGCCCUGGCCUGAUAGGUGCUCCGGUGUCGGCUACGCGUCGACGAACCUCUGAUAGCCUACCAACAACGCCUCGUAUUUUAACGCGAUCCCAUCUCACUCAACAAACCUUGAACAGCUACAAUGCCAUGUACUCACCAGUGGCGGGCAUGUCGCCGUUGGCGAGCCGACGUGGAGUGCCACCACCAAACUUCUCCCCCUCCCAGUUGUUUAGCUACAAUGCUACUGCGCUCCCGCCAUCCUUCCUGGAGCGGCAAUCCUACCAAUCCCCCUCACCAUUCCGCGGCCGCUCUCGGGUAGCAAGCUUGCGCAAGGAACAACGCGCAGGCGGACCUGCUCCUGUCGCUCAUGAACCUGCACUUGACCCUUCCACCCUCGUGCCGCCGUCCUCACCUGGCGCCACGACAGCUUUGCCUGGCACGAGCUCGGUGGCCGUCGCCAGCGGUGGCCGGACGUGUAAUUGCAAGAACAGCAAGUGCUUGAAAUUGUAUUGCGAGUGCUUCGCCAAUGGCGAAUACUGCGGCCCCAAUUGCAACUGUGUGUCCUGCGGCAAUCGCGAGGCCACAGAAACACUUCGCAAGCAAGCCAUCGAGGUGACCUUGGCCAAAAAUCCAGAUGCCUUUCGUCCCAAGUUUGGUGCCAAUAAGAGUCGACAAAGCGCUGCGCCCAGCGCGCAUGUCAAAGGAUGUCGCUGUGCACGUUCCAAGUGCAUCAAACGCUAUUGUGAAUGCUUCCAGGCGGGUAUACCGUGCACCUCGGCGUGCCAGUGCCGAGACUGCCACAACCGUGGCGACUCGUGCGCUAGCCACGGCAGUGCUGCAACCACAGCCUCAACAGCUGCGCCGAACAGCAGUACGAGUGGACCAUCUGGUGCAGGACCACCUGCGGCUACUCCGACCAGUGCCACCCCUGGAACCACCGUAGCUGAGCUUGCGCCACCGCCACCGUUGGCAAAGGACGUGCAGCUGCACCACCGUGGCGUCAUCCAACUCCUCAGCGCCAAAAACAUUGGCCUUCUAGCCCGCAACAUGCUUGAGCGGCUCUUAGAGCAUCGCGACCAGCCGGACCAAGGCCACACGGAAGUUCUUUCGUAG